AUGGCAGUGUUCAACACGUUCGGCGGUAUAGUCCCUAGGACUUCUGUUCACGCUUUGAAAGCUCCGAACGGAACAAUAGCGCAUAAUGUGAACUUGCGUAAUGGCAGGUUGGAGCCGUGGCGUGAGCUGUGUGAGUUUCAGAAGUUCGACAGUCGGACUCUGUCCUUCCACGAACACGGGUGCUGUACGGUCGGAUGGAACGCCAUAGUCACGGCGGCUGACGUUGCUCCGGACUGGGGGCGGUUCUAUAUUACCGGACGGACAGGACAGCUCGAAGCUGUUGAAGAUGCUUGUUGCGGUCCGCAGUACUACAUUGUCGGACUGCCCAGACCCGUUGCACAUCCCGGGAUUUCCGGUACCGAAGAGUGCGACCGUUCGGCAGACGCAAGAACUUAUGUUUACACAUAUUUGAAUAAGUGGGGCGAAGAGUCUGCCCCGUCUCCUGCAAGUGGAGAGAUUAGAGUGAAAGACGGCUCGCCCGUAAGACUGACCGGCAUAGCAUUACCGCCCGACGGGUAUGGGAUUACACACGCUAAUAUCUAUCGGACGGCGACAGCAUUCCGUCAGGCUGACGGAAAAGAACAAACGCCUAUGACAGAGUAUUUAUAUGUCGGAACGAUAGAGUUCCCCGCUACGUCAUUUACCGAUAACGUUAAGAUGUUAGGGCUCGGACCGGUACUGGAUACGGACGACGUGACAAUGCCCCCGCAGUAUAUGGAAAAUAUUUGCAGCAUAGACGUUACGACCCGUUUAGCCGGUACGCACGAUAACCGAGUGUUCUUUUCAGAACCGUUCAGACUGUGGAGUUGGCCGGCGAAGUAUGAGUUGACAUUGGAUAGUAACAUUGCUCAUAUGGUGCAACACGGGAUGAGAUUGUAUGUUACGACGGAUACUUUCCCCUAUGUGAUUGACUGUUCCAAAGACCCCGAAGGGAUUACACCGGUAACACAGAUAGCAGAACCGCUUCCUGACAUUGCCUGUGUAUCUGACUGCUCGUGCAUUGCGACACAUUUCGGAAUGUUCUACAGCUCGCCUAUCGGAAUUAUUUUAAUUAGCCCCGACGGGAAAUGGACAAACAUAACCAGUCGUUGGCUCGGUGAAAGAGACUGGGCAGAAGUAGCACCGGAGACUGUCAGGCUGUGCUAUGCGGACGGGCUGUUGUUCAUUGUCACGGACAAAGUAUCGUUUGUUCUUAACAUCGACGAGAAGAAUUGGAACGAUAUGCAGGGCUGUGAGUUGACAACAAUAUCGGAUAAGCCUAUUGAUAUGCACAGGUCUACUACCGGUAAAGUUCUGAUGUUGAUAGACAACACGGUCUAUGUUUGGAACAACAGCGAGAAGUUGCGUCCCUAUGUAUGGGAAAGCGGUGAGCUUAUCCAAGGGAACUCGAAGUCCCUGUGGUCCCCUUCAACGGUUAAAGUCAGAACGAACGAUACAGAGUUUUUAAUCCGCACUCCUAGGGGUACGGAAUAUAAGAGAAAGGUUAUGGAUGAGCGACCGUUCCGGCUCCCGAAGCUGGGGCGGCACUUGUGGUAUAAUGUGCGUCUGUCCGGUUAUGGUGUGGUUGACUUCCUUGAAGUCGGCACGGCUAAUCUGACAGGUAGCGAAGAAGCUAUUCAGAACUUGGCAAACACGCUGGGAGAAAUCCUUGUCAAAGCGUGGGAUAAAGACGGUAAAGACACCUACGGCAAGCCGUUCAAUCUCAAUGUUGUAGCAUUGAUACAGACUUGGCUGUCGGGGUCUCUUAAAGUGUUUGUGGCUUACGACAACGACAAGCCUGUCGGGUUCGCCCUCGGUAUCAAUUUCCGUCCUAUGCAAUUUACUUGCAAUGUGUUGUCGAUUGACACAUUCUAUGCGGAAACGGAAGAAGCCGAGCGUGGAUUGCUUGCAUAUAUUUCAGAUGCCGUUCGGUUCCUCGGUGUUGAGGAAGUUUGGUUUACCAAGCCCAAAGACCGUAACGACGACGCGUCAAAUACCAUAAUAGCCACUGCCAGAAAAGCGGCUAUGGUUGCCGCCGCAGGUUAUGAGCUGUAUCGGGCUUAUGACAUUGCGAAGCGUGAGUGGGAUAUUGCGAAGAAGUAUUACCGCAUAUCACAGAACUGGCUGGACUAUUACAGGGACUACUUCGCCCCUGUGGAAGACCAAGAGCUUCGGGAAACGAUGGCUCUUACGGUUGAGAAGCCGAACUACGACACCGCCCAAGGACGUGCCAGAGUUGCAGCAAUGAUAGCCUACCGCGGGAAACUUUUCGAUGUCUAUAAGAACACCACACGGUAUACAACGGGUCGUCGUGCCUAUGUUUUAUCUACACUGAUGACUGCACAGGCUAAUGCUAUUGCACAGGCUGACAGUCUUGGCUAUCGGAAUGAACGUGCCUAUAUCAAAUUGCGUAAUGACCAGCGGUUUAAGAAAAUGCUUAACACGGCUAAACGUGGUAGGAAUAUGGCAACCGAGCCUGUAUCAUUCGCCAAGGAUGCAUUGGGUUCUUAUGGUAACUUAUGGAAACAGAUUUGGGAUACUACGAAAACUAUCGGUAAGACCGCGGGGUAUGCGGACAAUAGGAGACCAACGGAAUACCCGGCAACCUAUAUGUCUGCUGAAAUGUUGAUGCCCCGUAUUCCGCAAGCCACGUCACCGUAUGUAGCAUUUGACGAGAACGGUAUUCCGAAACCAGAGUUUACAUCCGAUAUUUACACCAGACAGCCAUCACUAACGAAGGAGUAA